AUGUCCUCCGAUGUACCCAUUGUGCUGGACAAUGGUACUGGGACAAUCAAAGCCGGCCUAGCCAGUGAAUGUGUGCCUCGGGCUUGUGUGCCAAAUAUCAUCGGUCGACCGCGUUAUUUCAAUAUGUUAACUCAACAUCAGUUAUUAGAUCCCAUAUUUCUGGGCUCGGAAGCCUUACAAAAACGUGGUGGUAUGACUUUGUCCAGCCCAAUGUUUAGCAGUCUGGUGUUUGAUUGGGACAGUCUCAUUUGUCUGUGGGAUUACAUAUUUAAACAGGAAUUGCAAGUAGACAUUGAAUCACGACCGCUACUGAUCACGGAAACCCUAUUCAAUCCGAAACGGGACAAAGAAACAAUGGCUAGUAUCCUGUUUGAGCAAUUUAAUGUUCCGGCUCUCUAUGUGGCUUAUCAACCGAUCCUAGCAUUAUACGCGUCUGCACGAACCACGGGUAUUGUGGUGGACUGUGGAGAAGGAUCCACUUGUGUAACUCCAAUCUAUGACACAUACUAUGUGCAAAAAGCAGCAUAUCGACAAAAUGUGGCUGGAAACGCGGUUACGGAAUAUCUGAAGCGCCUACUUCCGGAUAUCGGGUGUCGAUUGUUCACCUCGGCUGAGCAUCAGAUUGUCCGGGAUAUCAAAGAAAAAUUGUGUUAUGUUUGUGAAAACUACGAAGAGGAAUUGUAUAGUGCGCAUAAUAGUGGAAAUCUGGCUGCAUCCUAUCAGUUACCCGAUGGUCAGAAAAUCACUCUAACUACUGAACGAUUUCGCGCCCCUGAACUGCUUUUCUCCAGUGCAAUGAACGGCUACGAAUGUUCGGGAAUCCAUCAGGCAGUUUGGGAUAGCAUACAGAAUUGCACACCAUCUAUUCGUCGAGAUAUGCUCGGGAAUAUUCUUCUGACUGGUGGAAGUACCAUGUUUCGCGGAGAACAAUUGGCACAUUGUAUUAACUAUGAUAUCCGAAUUUUUCUCGAGCGGCAGUCGUGUGAAUCACAAAACAUGUGGCCUUUGUACGUCUCAGAGCUGGAGGAUGGAUUCCAAGGUACCGGAAGCUUUACAGAACAUGGGUGA